AUGUCCAUUUCUGGGACUUUGAGCAACUAUUACGUGGACUCCAUCAUAAGUCACGACAGCGAUGAACUCUCAGGCCCGGCUCGCUUCCCCAGCGUCCAGUAUUCCAGCUCGAGCUCCGCCGCUGCCGCCAGUGGAAGGCAGCCUGGCGGCGCGGCGCACGCGGAGCAUCCCCAUCCUGAGUCGUACCCAUCCUGCAGCUUCCAGCCCAAACCUCCGGUCUUUUCUUCUUCCUGGAGUCCCUUCAGUCCUCACCACGGUGCCAGUGGUCUCCCUACUGUCUACCACCCGUACAUCCCAACCCAGCACGUGCCCGCAGCGGACACACGAUACCUACGCUCAUGGCUCGACUGCGCGCCGCGCGGCUCCGAGUCUGUACCGGGGCAGGGCCAGACGGGACAGGUCAAGCUGGAGCCUCAGCUCGGCCAUCUCGGAGGGGAGAUCCCACCCAAAAUCGGCGGACAGCUUCAACACGAGACCACCACGUAUAUCUUGGAGCCGACGUCCACGGCAACGCGCGAGUUAAGCCUCCAUCCAGCCGCCAUCCCGGGCGCAGGGUUCGAAGAAAGUAAGGACAUUUGUGAAGGGAGUGAAGACAAAGACGGCCUGGAUCAAACUGACCCCUCGGCCAACUGGCUGCAUGCGCGCUCAUCCCGGAAGAAGCGGUGUCCAUACACCAAAUACCAGACGCUGGAGCUGGAGAAGGAGUUCCUGUUCAACAUGUACCUCACGCGGGACCGGCGGCAUGAGGUGGCGCGCGCGCUAAAUCUGACCGAGCGACAGGUGAAGAUCUGGUUCCAGAACCGGAGGAUGAAAAUGAAGAAACAGAGCAAGGACCAACCCAAGGACUAG